AAAAGGUUGCAUAUACAACAACAACAAAAACUGGAUAUUGAGAUGCAAUUUCAUCAAAUUGACAUAAAAAUGGAGCUCCAAAUCCUUUCCCUUCCUUUCCUUUUAACUUUCUUUCUCUUCAUCUUUAUGGCAUUAAAAAUAAGGAAGAUAUCAGAAAGCAAGAAGUUGUUAAAUUUACCUCCAGGGCCACUGAAGCUGCCUAUAAUAGGAAAUAUACAUAAUUUGGUUGGCUCUUUACCCCAUCAUCGCCUGCAAAACUUGGCCAAGAAAUAUGGUCCUCUUAUGCAUCUUCAGCUUGGUGAAGUUACAACAAUCGUUGUUACUUCGGCAGAAAUUGCUAAAGAAGUUAUGAGAGCUCAUGAUAUAGUCUUUUCUAAUAGACCUUCUAUUCUUGCUGCGAAUAUCAUCUCUUACAAUGCUACGAGCAUCGUGUUUUCACCCUAUGGAGAGUAUUGGAGACAGCUAAGGAAAAUUUGUGUAUUGGAGCUAUUAAGUGCUAAACGCGUACAAUCAUUCAAAUCAAUCAGAGAGGAAGAAGUAUCAAACAUUGUGCGACGCAUUUCUUCCAGUUCAGAUUCUUUGAUCAACCUCAGUAGAAUGUUAUUUUCUUUGACUUAUAGUAUCACUUCAAGAGCAGCAUUUGGUAAGAUUCGAAAAGAACAAGAAGCAUUUAUACCACUUGUUGAGGAAAUUAUAGAGGUUGGAGGUGGUUUUAGUAUAGCUGAUUUGUUCCCUUCUAUUAAAUUGCUGAAUAGAAUUAAUGGAAUGAAAUCUAGAGUGGAAAGAUUGCAUCAAGAAGCAGAUAAGAUACUUGAGAACAUCAUCAAUGAACAUAGAGCUAGUAAAGCAAGAGCCAAGCCAGGUAGUAAAGGUGAGGCUGAUGAUCUUGUAGAUGUUCUUCUGAAUAUUCAAGAACAAGGGGACCUUGGAUUUGCUUUAACAACCAAUAACAUCAAAGCAGUCAUCCUGGAUUUGUUUAUUGCUGGAAGUGAGACUUCAUCUACAACUGUAGAAUGGGCAAUGUCGGAGCUGCUGAAAAAUACAAGUGUGAUGAAAAAGGCACAGGCUGAGUUGAGGCAAGUCUUUAAGAACAAAGGGUAUGUUGAUGAAGAAGGUGUUUGUGAAUUAAAUUACUUGAAGUUAAUUGUUAAAGAGACUCUAAGAUUACACCCUCCUGUGCCUUUGCUCGUUCCAAGGGAAAAUAGUGAGCUUUGUGAGAUUAAUGGUUAUUUCAUUCCAGUAAAAUCUAGAGUGCUUAUCAAUGUCUGGGCCAUUGGAAGGGAUCCGAAUUAUUGGAAAGAGCCUGAAAGAUUCAAUCCAGAGAGAUUUCUUGAUAAUUCAAUAGAUUACAAGGGUUCUAAUUUUGAAUUUAUCCCAUUUGGUGCUGGAAGGAGGAUAUGUCCAGGAAUAUUAUUUGGUAUAGCAAAUGUUGAGCUUCCGCUUGCAAAUUUGUUGUACCAUUUUGAUUGGAAACUCCCUGGUGAAAUAAACCCGGAAAAUCUAGAAAUGACAGAGGCCUCUGGGAUUGCAGUUAGGAGAAAAAACGAUUUGAAUUUAAUUCCUAUUACGUUCCCUUCUGUCCUUGUAGCAUAAAAAUUGCAACGAAGUCAUGUCAUCAAAUGGAGAAACUCUUAUAGUUUCUCCCUGUGGCGUAAUAAUUACUGUUUAGAAUUGAUAACGCAAACCAAACACAAACACUUUAUGCACUUUUUGGAAAGUUGCACUUUAUUAAUCUACUUACCCCCAACCAAACAUCACCCUAGUGGUAAUUGUAAGCAAAGAAAGUGCUAUAUAUUGUUUUUUGGCUGAAUGAAUAAUUUCUCCGAACUA